AUGAUCUUUAUACUAUGGGUGUUGAUAAUAUAUUCAUCUGUAUUGGUAUCAGGUGAGGAAGUGACACUGUCAUCUUCUUCCACUUUAACCACUACAUCCACAUCCACACCCACACCCACACCAACAGCAACAGCAACGUCUUUAACAACCACCUCAGUAACAACAUCUUCAGCAACAACAACAACAACCUCAGUAACAACCUCAGUAACAACAUCCUCAUCCUCAUCUACAUCUACAUCUACAUCUACAUCAACUACAACAACAUCCACUGUAUCUUUAGAACCGAUACCCACGCCGUCAACUAUUAUCGAUGUGUUGUCUAGCGAACCAGAAUUCUCAUAUUUCUUGCGUGUUUUGCAACGACAGGGUAUGGUUCCCCUUUUGAAUGAAUUAGAGAAUGUAACUUUAUUGGCACCAAUAAAUCUGGCAUUUGUUGGCACAACAGGUAUAGAUUGGGAAAAUAACGCAUUGAAAAGAUAUGUCGUUAAUCAAAAACUACUAGUUGGAAAUUUAGACAAAGAUGAAAGGGUAUUUGAUACAUUAUAUAAAGUUGACAAAUCAACAUAUUACCUGAUCCGUGUACGUCCUGACUUGGAAAGUUUGGAAUACGUAAUUGAUGAAGUUGCCAGUAUUGUUGAUGAAGAUAUUUCUGCAAAACAUCAAUAUUCUUACAUACAAGGAAUUGAUCAUUUAUUACCUAUUAAACCAACAAUGUGUCAAGAACUAAUGAAUAGCACCAAUCUGGAAAUAUCAUUAUUCACCAAAAUGUUUCAAUUGCUCUUUGUGGAUGAAGAAAUGGUAUCAGAAAAGAGUAAGAGCAACAAAAAGAAAAAGAAAAAGAAACCAAAGAAAGAUCUCCCAAGAAUACUCCCAAAAUCAUGUGAGGAAUUUCUUAAUGGCACUCAGACAAUAUUGAUACCCAGCAAUGAACUUGUGAAACAAUCUUUGUCGGAGUUACAGUUGAAUUAUUACUUGGCGAAUGAUGAACUAGAUACAUAUUCAUCUACCACCGAUUCAAUUGAUGAAGUCAGACAUGAUAUAUACAACUUGUUGACAAAUCUCAUGUUUUCCGAUCUAGUGGUUGGAAAAAAUGGUACUGGUGAAUCUAGAAAAUCAAAAUAUGGUAUCUCCCACAAGUUUGAAUUGCAGAAACAUCAUCUUACAGUUGACGGUGUGACUUCAAACAGUACACACGUUUUCUCAAAUGGUGCCAUUCAUAUUUUUGAUGCAAAUAUUCUGUUUUUUGAAAAGUUAUCCAUCCCUGUGGUUGAAAUGAUUCCCCGAAAGGCGUUGUAUGCGUUACAUUAUUCUAAUUUUGUUGAGGAACUUUACUUCCGUUCACUUGAUUAUUUGAUUGAUGGAUCAACUGCUCAACAGACAGUGUUUUUGAAUCUUGAAGAUAGAGAUGACGCAGAGGAUGAUGAUGACGAUGAUAAUGAAAUAACAGAUGUGGAUGUUUAUAUCAGUGAACCAUCGAUCAAAUCGUUUAGUUCCAGACAAAACUUGUUAUAUCAAUUUGUUAAUUCCUCUUUUGACUUACAAGAUGAUGUCCACAUAUUGCUUGAUACAAAAUUGUGUUCUCAUAAAAGAAUAGGAGGAUGUUACAAAUUGAAAUUAUCUGCAUCACAUGGAACGAAAACAGUUACUGUCAAUGAUGAUGUUCGUAUAUUAAAUCAUCUAAAGAUAGCUAAUGAUACUUCUAUAUUCAUUGCUAAUGGUGAGAUAUUACCACCAACCAAUCUCAAACAUUCAUUAGGAGAUUUGAUAUCCAGUGGUGCAGUGUACAGACAUUUGGAAAGUAUUGAAAUUGAUAGAACAAGUUGUUUGAAAACAUUGGAAUAUAUCAACGCGUUUGAUUUGUACUCAUUGGAUGACAACAACAAAGGAUACACCAUUUUCUUGCCUUGUGGAACUACUAAAUUUAAGAAUUUGUGGACCAAUUUGGGAUUAGUACAAAACUACUUGAAGAAUAAUCCUAAAAUUCACCAAUCGGUAAUGAAAGGAUUGUUUCUUGAAGGAUUGGUGUAUUCUGAUUUUAACUCAAGCACAAAGUUGUCUAGUUUAAAUGGCGAUUCUGUGUUGUUGGAAAAAUCGUCAGUUCUAGAAACUCCAAACUCGUUGUACUACAAUAAUACAGCACUUGAUGUCGAAUUGAAUUCUGAUUUGCUAUUCCUGCAAGGUGUUAUACAUGUCAUCAAUGAGGUACUUUUCCCUGAUUCGUUUGAAAUUCCAAUUGAAGAGUUGAUUAGAACAACAUUUGAUUCCAAUUUCCCCGAUCAUUUUAUGUGGGAUAUUAUAAAGAUGUAUCCAAAUAUCCACAAAUCUAUCGUGGGUAAGAAACCAUAUUCGUUGUUGAUUCCUACUGCUGAAUCAUUGAAAGAUUUUAACAUCACUACCUCCUUUAAGGAUAUCCUCAAAUUUGUUGAUUUACAUUUAAUUCCAAAUGAAGAAGUUCACAAGCUUUUGAAUUGUAUUGAUGACACUGGAUAUAAUAAUUCGGUGAUUAGAACAAACUUUUCAGAAGGUGGUCUUGUAUGCAAACAUAAACCAAAUACGAACAAAGUUAUGUUGCAACUUCAUAAGUUGAAUGGUACCUCCACAGAGUCGUAUAGCAAAGAUCAUGAAGUUGUUUUAUUAAAUCAUGGUUGUACUAAACUAUACACUGGGGACAACAACACAGAUAGUUUAUCAUGUGUUUUCUUACUCCAAAAACCAUUAAAUCUUGAAUGGUUUAAUGAACCUAAACGGGGUGAUAACUUUUUGCAUGUUCAUUUGGGAUGGGUAAGUGUUGGUGCUGGUGUCAUAUUAGGAUUGAUGCUUUUUGGUGGUAUAAUGGUUGGGUUGGUAUUUUGUCUUGGGAAAAGGGAGAAAUCAUCCGAUAAAGAUGAUAUGGAAUCUCCUCGAGCAGAUUCUGGAUUUAUGAGUGUAUUGACGGACGAAGACGAAUUUAUUCCGUAUGAUAGAGGAUAUGAGACGGAUGUUGAUGUCUUGAGAACCGAAACAGAUGCACUUUUACCAAGUCACAUGAAAAGAAAGAAGAAAAUUAGAAAACCAGAUUAUGGCUCCACAACAAAUAGUAUCAAUGGAACCAAUGGUAGUACUACAUUACCUCGAGAUAUUGGAAAUAUUAGAAGUACUUUAAAUCGAGAAAGAAAUAUCCCAGGCUAUUAG